AUGAACAGGUACGGUCGAUCCCCACCAAGAAUCGAUGGGAUGGUAUCGUUGAAAGUUGAUAACUUGGCAUACAGAACAACUAUUGAUGACUUGCGAAGAGUUUUCAGCCGAUUCGGUGAAGUUGGUGAUAUCUACAUACCUAGAGAUCCCUAUACUUUCGAGAGUCGAGGAUUUGCUUUCGUUCGAUACUGCACUGACCGCGAGGCUGACUGUGCCAUACGCGGUAUGGAUGGCCAUAAGGUAGAUGGGAGAGAAGUCCGAGUCCAAAGAGCAAAAUAUGGUCGACCAACUCCAAACCGUCGAAGACGAUCGGUUACUCCGCGACGUAAUGGACGGCGUUCUCGUUCUUUCUCGUCUGGUCGUGACAGGCGGUCACCACGUAGAAUGAACGAUCGAUAUCGUCUUCCUUCUUCUCCCCGACAUUAUAAUCGGUCGUUAUCAAGAGAACGACGUUGA